CCUCGCCCCUCUCCUUGCCGCCUCGGAACCUCUCCCGGGCUGUCGGCUCUCCGAGUCUCCGGCCCCUCGCCCUUCCACCUGUUUCCCCGAAAGGCAGGAGCCUGGUUCCUGCUGCGUUUCUGGGGCCAUGGCUGGCCUGGGCCCCGGUGGAGGCGAUUCAGAAGGGGGACCCCGACCCCUGUUUUGCAGAAAGGGGGCUCUGAGGCAGAAGGUGGUCCACGAAGUCAAGAGCCACAAGUUCACCGCCCGCUUCUUCAAGCAGCCUACCUUCUGCAGCCACUGCACCGACUUCAUCUGGGGGAUUGGAAAACAGGGCCUGCAAUGUCAAGUCUGCAGUUUUGUGGUUCAUCGACGAUGCCACGAGUUUGUGACCUUCGAGUGUCCAGGUGCUGGGAAAGGUCCCCAGACAGACGACCCCCGGAACAAGCACAAGUUCCGCCUGCACAGCUACAGCAGCCCCACCUUCUGCGACCACUGCGGCUCCCUCCUUUACGGGCUGGUGCACCAGGGCAUGAAGUGCUCCUGCUGCGAGAUGAACGUGCACCGGCGCUGUGUGCGCAGCGUGCCCUCUCUGUGUGGCGUGGACCACACCGAGCGCCGCGGGCGCUUGCAGCUGGAAAUCCGGGCGCCCACCGUGGACGAGAUUCACGUUACGGUUGGCGAGGCCCGUAACCUCAUUCCAAUGGACCCCAAUGGUCUGUCUGAUCCCUAUGUGAAACUGAAGCUCAUCCCAGACCCUCGGAACCUGACCAAACAGAAGACCCGGACAGUGAAAGCCACGCUAAACCCUGUGUGGAAUGAGACCUUUGUGUUCACCCUGAAGCCCGGGGACGUGGAGCGCCGGCUCAGCGUGGAGGUGUGGGACUGGGACCGGACAUCCCGCAAUGACUUCAUGGGGGCCAUGUCCUUCGGGGUCUCGGAGCUGCUCAAGGCGCCUGUGGACGGCUGGUUCAAGUUACUGAACCAGGAGGAGGGUGAAUAUUACAAUGUGCCAGUGGCUGAUGCUGACAACUGCAGUCUCCUCCAAAAGUUUGAGGCCUGUAACUACCCCCUGGAACUGUAUGAGCGGGUGCGGACGGGCCCCUCUCACUCUCCCAGUCCCUCUCCGUCCCCCAGCCCCACCGACUCCAAGCGCUGCUUCUUCGGGGUGAGCUCUGGGCGUCUGCACAUCUCCGACUUCAGCUUCCUCAUGGUCCUGGGCAAAGGCAGCUUUGGGAAGGUCAUGCUGGCCGAGCGCAGGGGCUCUGAUGAGCUAUACGCCAUCAAGAUCCUGAAGAAAGACGUGAUUGUCCAGGACGAUGAUGUGGACUGCACCCUGGUGGAGAAGCGUGUGCUGGCAUUGGGGGGCCGAGGCCCCGGGGGCCGGCCUCACUUUCUCACUCAGCUACACUCCACCUUCCAGACCCCGGACCGUCUGUAUUUUGUGAUGGAGUACGUCACCGGGGGCGACUUGAUGUACCACAUUCAGCAGCUGGGCAAGUUUAAGGAGCCCCAUGCAGCGUUCUACGCAGCGGAAAUAGCCAUCGGCCUCUUCUUCCUUCACAAUCAAGGCAUUAUCUACCGGGACCUGAAACUGGACAACGUGAUGCUGGACGCUGAAGGGCACAUCAAAAUCACCGACUUCGGCAUGUGUAAAGAGCACGUCUUCCCCGGGACCACGACCCGUACCUUCUGUGGGACGCCAGACUACAUAGCUCCCGAGAUCAUUGCCUACCAGCCCUAUGGGAAGUCUGUUGAUUGGUGGUCCUUUGGGGUUCUGCUGUAUGAGAUGCUGGCAGGACAGCCCCCCUUUGAUGGAGAGGACGAGGAGGAGCUGUUCCAGGCCAUCAUGGAACAAACUGUCACCUACCCCAAGUCGCUUUCCCGGGAAGCCGUGGCCAUCUGCAAGGGGUUCCUAACCAAGCACCCUGCCAAGCGCCUUGGCUCAGGGCCAGAUGGGGAACCCGCCAUCCGUGCUCACGGCUUUUUCCGUUGGAUGGACUGGGAGCGGCUGGAACGACUGGAGAUCGCGCCUCCGUUCAGACCCCGCCCGUGUGGCCGCAGCGGCGAGAACUUCGACAAGUUCUUCACGCGGGCGGCGCCAGCGCUGACACCCCCGGACCGCCUGGUUCUGGCCAGCAUCGACCAGGCGGACUUCCAGGGCUUCACCUACGUAAACCCGGAUUUCGUGCACCCGGACGCCCGCAGCCCCAUUAGCCCCACGCCCGUGCCCGUCAUGUAAUCUCACCUGCCGCCACUGGGUGUCCCCACGGCUCCCUCCGCGCGCAGGCCUGGCCCUGAUUUCGCCCUGUCCACUCUAGACCUUGCUCGCCAGCGCUCUGGCCCCCCUGUGGGUGCUCGGUGCCCCUCCCAAGCGCUCCUGGCAUUCGGAACUCCGUACAGUCUCUAGAGCCUCACCCUGUUCUAGAUUCUGCCGUGCUGAGCCCUAGACUCGCACCCACCGCAGGGUUCUGGACUUGGUUCCACCGUGGUCCGGGACCGACUCCCUUCCCGACUCCAUGCGGUUCUAGACUCCGUCGUGGUAGAAUCUAUGCCCCUCCUCCCCCCCGCCCCCUUUCUGGGAAAUAGUCUCCUGGGUUGGGCUGUUCCACACUGGGAUUCCGGAACACCCUCCCCCUCCGAGGCCCCGCCCACCUCCGCGGCAUUCUGGAGUAAGUGGGAGGCUGCGCCCCCACGCUCCAGCGCCCUCGUGUAUGCUCGGGACUCCUGGAUGUACGGAGGACUCUUAUCCCAACUGUUCUCAAUCAGCUUUUGUUCUAGACUACCCCAUCCUAGACCCGUCACUGCUCGCCUGCCAGGUGCAUGGCUCCAGUCCUGCUCGGAAAGACCCCACCCCCCGACCCCCUCCCUGUGCCUGCCACUCUCUGGGACUCUCUCCUCCCCUCCGCGCCCCCACUCCUCU